AGUCCACACAAUUCAGUUUCAGCAACAAUGAUGUUGUCUCUCUCAGUUUCAAAGUUAUUAACCCUAACAAGGUCAAAUGAAUUUUUCAUUUUCUAUAUUGGGAAAGAUUCUCAAGAUGGGAUUUCACGGAAAUAUCAUAACCUUGAAUACUCUUAUGAAAGGUCUAUGUCUUAACGGUAAAGUCCACGAAGCUCUUCACUUUCAUGACCAUGUGAUUAAACAGGGAUUUCAGUUGAGUCAAGUUAGUUAUGGGACCUUGAUAAAUGGAUUGUGUAAAAUGGGGGAAACAAGACCCGCCCUGCAAUUGCUGAGACGAAUUAACCAGAAAUCAACCAAUGCUGAUGUGGUAAUGUAUAGCACUAUCAUUGAUAGUUUGUGUAAAGAUAAAUCUAUAAACGAUGCCUACGAGUUGUACCUUGAGAUGAUUGCAAAGAGAAUUUCUCCUAAUGUUAUCACUUUCAAUAAUCUAAUAUAUGGAUUUUGUAUUGUUGGUCAAUUGAAAGAAGCAUUUGGUUUGUUCCAUGAAAUGGUAUUGAAAAACAUCAACCCAGAUGUUUAUACUUUUAAUAUAUUGGUUGAUUCCUUAUACAAGGAAGGAAAGGUCAAAGAAGCUAUGAAUGUGUUAGCUAUGAUGAUGAAAAAGGGUGUAAAACCAAGUGUUGUUACUUAUCAUACACUAAUGGAUGGGUAUUGCUUAGUUAAUCAAGUGAACAAGGCCAUAAAAAUAUUCAACGCUAUGGUGCACAAAGGAGUGAUGCCAGAUGUUCAGUGCUACAAUAUCAUUAUUAAUGGAUUGUGCAAGAAUAAAAUGGUGGGCGAAGCCAUGAACUUGUUUAAAGAAAUGCAUAACAGGAUGGUUGUUCCUAAUGUGGUAACUUAUAAUACCCUCAUUGAUGGUUUGUGUAAAUCGGGGAAAAUCUCUUAUGCUUGGGAACUUGUUGAUGAGAUGCAUCGUAUAGGUCUGCAGGUUGAUGUAAUCACUUAUAAUUCUCUAUUACAUGCUUUGUGCAAAAAGAAUCAUCUUGACCAGGCAAUUGCAUUGGUUAAGAAAAUGAAAGACCAAGGUAUUCAGCCAAAUAUGUCCACAUACAAUAUAUUGAUUGAUGGACUAUGCAAAGGUGGAAGGCUUAAGAACGCACAAGUGAUUUUUCAGGAGCUUUUGUCUAAAGGCUAUCAUCUAUCUGUUUGGACUUAUAAUGCUAUGAUAAAUGGGCUUUGUAAGGAGGGCUUGUUUGAUGAAGCACUUGCCUUGUUAUCAAGAAUGGAAGACAAUGCUAGGAGAUUUUUUUUUGCUUCAAGUGAAGCUAGGAAAGAUGAUGUUGUAAGUUUUGGUGAAAAAUUCAAUAACUUGAUGAAUUCACCGGUAAUGUUUCACUCCCAAAAAGUUAAUAGAGAAAUGAUGUUUCGUGCUGUGAAAGCAAAAUCUAUAAUUGCUAUUUUCAAGUUUUUAGGAGAGUUGACCUGA